GGGAAGUCCAAGAACUCUGUAGUUGCUCAAUCACAGGAGUGCAGGUGUUUCUCCUGGUCUUCUGUAUAAGCUGGAAUCCUGAAGAAGUAGGUUCCAACAGAUAUACUGGCAAGUAAGUGCAAGCAGACAGAGAAGAGUGAUUCUUUCUUCUUCCAAUGUCCUUAUGUAGGCCUCCAGCAGGAGGUAUGGCUCAGAUUAAAGGUGUGUAUCACCAGGCCUGGAUUUGGAACUUGUUCUCUCCCAGACUGGCCUUGAAUUCAAGAGACCUGCUUGCCUCUGUCUCCUAGGAUUAAAGGUUUAUAUCACUUUUCCAUGGCCUAAACUUUUCAUGGCCUCUACACCUCGAGAUCUGGAUCAAAAGCUUGUGUUCUCCCAUUUCAAGAUUGAGAUCAGAAGUCUGUGUCUUCCAGUGGCAAGAUCUGGAUCACAGGUGUAUCCUCCUUUUCUGAGUUGUAGUUUAUUUCAGAUGUAGUCAAGUUGACAAUCAGGAAUAGCCAUCACAAUGCUUUGUUGAGGACAUUUCUAAGAUAUCUUCUUGCAUUUCUUAAAUGCCUUCAAAACUUUCUAACAAGCUCUGAGAAGAGAUAAUUCCAUUCUUCAUAUGUCCUCUAAAUGCUCUAUUCUCUUCCAAAAAUCUGUCCCCUUUUCUCAUUGUGUUACUUAUUUCCAUAAUUAACUCAUUUUUAUAGCCCCCCCCCCUUAAUCUUCAGACACAACUGUUCCAAACUCUGAGGUAUCACUGAAAUCUCUACACUUAUUGAUAUGAAUAUAUCUGCGUUGUCAUCUUAGGUAGAUGGCUGGGAGCCAAAAUUAAUUUAUCUUUGUAUUUUCCACUCCAGAACAGCAUGCAUAUUUAUUGUUGCACCUGACAUCUAUUAACAAUUUUCAGCAGAUAGUUAUUGGACAUCUGCCACAAGCUAGACAUUCUGCUGGAGAAAAAAUGCUCCAAAAUACAGCCCCUGCCUUUUCUGAGUUCAGUCUCACAAGGAAGGCAAUUAAACAACCAAAGCAUGCAGUCACAUAUCAGUAAUAUGGAUGCAGUCUUCUGUCCUUUACAGGAAGGACUUUUGCAGGAUGGUGGUUCACAUACCACCACCAAUACAAAUAAAUAAAAAAAAAUCUUUUGAAAAAGAGUUACAUCAAUCAUUUAUUGAAAUCAUUAAAUAAAACAAUAUCAAUGCAAGUGUUUUUCAAGUGCUAUCUUGUUUCUUCCUUCUUUAUCUUCAGCAUGUUUUCUGAACUGAAGUAGGCAAUAGGGUGUUGUGGUAUCUUAGUUGUAAAUCACUACUGUUUGUUGGCUUACCCACACAGCUAUGGAUGCUGGAAACAUGAUAUCACGAUCACGAUCAGGAUCAGGAUCAGGAUCAGGAUCAGGAUCAGGAUCAGGAUCAGGAUCAGGAGUAAAUUACUUUACAGGUUGCAAUCUACCAACUCUCAUCCAUCAUGUCUUCUCAUAAUAAGAGUGCCAGAGGGUUCUUUGGUCUCUUCUAUAUUCUAAUUUAUAAGUGCUCUAAUCUCCUUUAUGAAGAUUCUACCCCCAUGACCCAGUGUUUAUUCACCUUUGUAUCAGUGCGUUGAACCAGCAUAAGAAUUUUGGAACCACAACAUUGCUUUCACAAAAAAAAAAAAAAAUUGUAAACAAAAUUGACACAAACUUGGUUCUAAAAUCAAAGUUUAGAGUUUUGUAUUGAGGGAAAGUUAUCAACCAAAAUUGUAUUAUAGUAUCUUGGAAGUGCUGUGAAAGAUAAACACACUGAGUAACCACUUGUCUUUUUAAGAUAGGGCUUUGAACUUGUGACUUCUUGCUUCAGUCUCUUUCAUGUUGUGUUUACAGGACUGUUAUCUGACUCAUGUGAAGGAAUAGUUUUUUGAUUGACACUAUUUACUAAUGCCGCGCUGAUGUAGAACCAAGAAGCUGUGAGUGGCUUGGUCUGCCCAUUUAAAACAUCUGACAGAAGUUUCUUUAGUGGGAGCGAGGGACCAUGAGGAUCCCAAGGCUCACAGUAACUGAAAGAUCUGGUCUUAAUGAAGUUUGGAGAUUUUCAUUAAACCAAAGCAAAUACCUAAAGAAGGCAGCCAGUGUCAGAAUGUAACAUAUUCUUUAAUGCUCUAUUAAGAUUAGUAAGAUUUCAUCUAUAGUAGCAAAAAAUAAAGUGGCUUAACUUCAAAUAUAAUCAUGAUUUACCUCAUAAGAAAUCUAGAUGCAAACAAAUGUGACAUUAUUUGGUGAUCCCAUUAUGCUACCAAAGGCAUAGGGACCCCAAUUUCUUCCCUUCUGCCAACUCUAAUUUUUAACUUAUAUUAUCAAAUCACAUCUGAAGUUCUCCAUAUGGCUGUCAUUUUAUCAUGACAUCUUUCUAUGUGAGAAGAGAGGGUGAGCACAAUUAUUACCAAAUUAAAUUCAAGCUCUGCUAGAAAAGGAGAAGGGUGCUUUAAAAAGGGGGUGCAUAGAUAGUAGAAACUCAUGUUCACAUCGUGUUGAGAACUUUGGAAUUUGAUCGAAGAGAUAUAGCAAAUGAAAAAGGCCAAAAAUUACACAGAGCGACUCUGAUCCAUUCUGCACCAGCCAGCCCAGGAGGCCAAACAAAGCCUAGAUAGCUGCCUGAUUGAAAUGACCAUAGCCAAGUAACUAGUAGCCGUCAUAGCUCCACCCCUCUCCCAUCUUCUAAUUUUGGACCAACCAGAGAAAAGCAAGGAUGAUAUACCAUCCAGUCACAAACCAUGUCUUUUAUUGAGCUGGCCCUAGCUUCUGCUUGCCAACAAUGCCCAUUCAGGGCAUGCUGAAAGCUUUCCUUUUCCUCACUCUUAAACUUUUACACUUCUGAGAUUACAUUUGGCAUUCCACUAAGCAUAAAUAGAGGUGGUUAACAUUUUUCGCUAUGUCAAGUGCACAAAGUGCCUUUAUAACCUCUAAUAAAGAUGAGCCCUUCACUUGCUGCCACAUCCUAAAGAUUUUAAGAGGUCUUAAUCAGUGAAAUAACAUAAAGAUGCAAAGAAAAGGGUGAGUAUUAGCCAAGCAAUCAGGAAAUAUAUUAGCUAGUGUAGCUGAGGAUUCUAAUAUUAUAACCCAGAACUUCACUACUUAGCAACAUGAUAUAUAUUUUUAAUUUAUAACACAGUCCAGAUAGGUGUUUUUGUCCCAAGCAGUUAUUUAGAGAUGGAGAGUUUUCCUAUACUGUGGCUUGCUUACUUUUAGAGCAUUCCUCAACUCUGCAUGACUUCUUAUCCACCUAGCAUUCAAAACAGAGAUAGAGUAUGAUAAAUGACAUUGAGAUUUGAUGGCCAAGGCUGCAAGCUAUGUUCUUUCAUUUCUCCAGAUUUCACCUUCCAGAUUGAGUUUCAUGGCUUUAGUCUGGAUUGAGAAAUGUGGUCUUCCAGGAGUCUCAAGGAAUAUGAUGAAAUUCAGCAUUUACACAAUGUCACCUUUGCCACAGAACAGCAUAGAAAAAGAAAUAUUGGUUCCUGGAUAAAAAUGGAGACAACAUGGAAGGAGUUACAGAGACAAAGUUUAGAGCUGAGACAAAAGGAUGGACCAUCUAGAGACUGCCAUAUCCAGGGAUCCACCCCAUAAUCAGCCUCCAAACGCUGACACCAUUGCAUACACCAGCAAGAUUUUGCUGAAAGGACCCAGAUAUAGCUGUCUCAUGUGAGACUAUGCCGGGGCCUAGCAAACACAGAAGUGGAUGCUCACAGUCAGCUAUUGGAUGGAUCACAGAGCCCCCGAUGGAGGAGCUAGAGAAAGUACCCAAGGAGCUAAGGGGAUCUGCAACCCUAUAGGUGGAACAACAUUAUGAACUAACCAGUAGCCUGGAGCUCUUGACUCUAGCUGCAUAUGUAUCAAAAGAUGGCCUAGCCAGCCAUCACUGGAAAGAGAGGCCCGUGGACUUGCAAACUUUAUAUGCCCCAGUACAGGGGACCGCCAGGGCCAAAAAGUGGGAGUGGGUGGGUAGGGGAGUGGUGGGGGGGAGGGUAUGGGGGACUUUUGGGAUAGCAUUGGAAAUGUAAAUGAGGAAAAUACCUAAUUUAAAAAAAAUUUUUAAAAAUGGAGACAAGUCAAAAUAUAUGGUAUAUAUUGUGAUAAUGAGUUUACAAUAUGAUCCUAUUUUUAUAAUGAUGUGUUGGUGAUAAGGAUGAGAAAAUUUAUUUGUUUAAAUGGAAAGGCGUAGGCAAGAUAAAAUAUAACAAAAUACCUAGAUGGAGAUGAAAAGCCAAUACAUGACCACAAAUUUUGUAAGGAGAUGAUAGUGUAAUAAUUAAUAGCUGUAACCCUGUAGUGAGAUUGUUAAGAAAGCAACAGGCAAAGGUCGGUACUGUGGAACAAGUUACAAAGUCAUAGAGAAAGUGAAACAGAGCUUGUACAAACUGUGUGUUCAGAAAAACUUGGUAUCUCUGAAUCUGUAAUUAUAACCACCAGUCAUGGAGCCUUAAUAUAGCCACAGGUGGCCACAUUGGGCUUUUCAGAGCCUGUAUUUUACCAGGGUAUUCUGUUCAAAGAGAAGAAAAGAGGGUACAGUUAAUCAUUAGUCACAAAUACACAAUGCCCAGGGAUGUAGAUAAAACUGGCCCUGUCUCUGGAAGCUCAGGGUGUUAAAAAUGAGAAGAUAUGCCACUUUUGAGCCAGAAAGAGAAUAUGGAAAGGCAAAUUAUCAUCAGAAGGAAGCUAUGGAGCAUUGUAAUAGCAAAAGGGAUGUUGGUGAUAAUACUGUUUAAAGAACAUGUUUAGUAUAACAACUAGUGAAAAGCUCUUUAUUUGUCAAUAGCUAAGUGAAGAAAAUAAGUGAAAGUUUCAUAACUCUAAAACACAGAAUUAGAGGUUGAAGAGAUGCUUUACUCUAUAAAGGGCUUGCUGUUCAAGCAUCAGAAUCUAAAUCCAAAUCCCAGGAAUCAUGUAAAAUUGGGCACAGUAUCUUGUGCCUUCAAGGGUGGUACUGGAAGGGUGAAGCCAGGUGAAUCCCAAUGACUGUGGCCAAAAGAUCAGAGAGCAAUACAAGGAGACACCCAGCAUUGAUCUCUUGGUCUAUAUGUGUGCAUACAGUUGCCACCUACAAAUACAUAUUUCCACACAUUCCUACAGAAUACACACACACACACACACACACACACACACACACACACACACACACCUAGUAAAGCAAAAGCUGUAUUUACAAAAAAGUAAAACAUUACUGCAACAGUGAAAAUAACAAGAUCUUUUCCAUGCUUGUUUUCAAUCCUAUUUCCUGAGAUCUAAGUACUAGAGAUCACUCCUAUAUAGCAGAGAAGGGAGGCACCAAGAGUUCUGUCCAUAAUACUCUCACACCCUCCCCCUCUCUUCUGUGUGUGUGUGUGUGUGUGUGUGUGUGUGUGUGUGUGUGCAAAUGUUUAAGUGCAUGCAUUUUUGAAGCUGGCCAUCAACUUUAUGCAUAUUCCCCAGAAAGACCAUGGAGUUUAGUUUUAAAGACAGGCUCUAUCAUCUAUGGCUGUACCACGCUGCCACACCCACUCCAGUGAAGUCUGAGUGGCAAGUCCAAAAAGUUGGCCACAGUCCUGAGGCAAAAAGUUUCAUGGAAACUUGUCUCCUGGGGAGUCUCUGGCGUUCCAUAACCAGAUUUGUCCUUGUAAUAGUCUGGUGAAGGGUCUUGCAUGCUUUCUUUCAGUAUUUUACUGGAUAAGAGCUAGAAAUCUUGGGGCUAGUUCAACAAAGUAAAUUUAGAAUAGCAGCUGAGUUACUCCCAUAUGCAGGAAAUUAAAAUGGUCUAGGAAGAAGAAAGGUUGUGGUUUAAGGAGGAACUAGAGUAUUUCAUUAUUCAUGAAAAGGUUAGCAAGAGCAGAAACCCCCUAGUGGUGGGUUAUUCAAUAGACUAGAAUUGUGACUAGGGUGCGAAAUCCUCCACUGGAUCCUAGAAUAGCUUACUUUAGAUAAGGCUGCUUUUUAUCUUAGUUGUAAUCACUGCCUGGUUCCUGCCAGCCCUUUAUGUAUGCAUUUCUUUGUUUUGUGUCAUUAUACAUGGGAUAACUUCAAUGUACCUUGGCUGAUGUAACACCUAACUUCCUUGUUUUCUUCUGUAAUAUAAGUCUGAUGCUCGCCUUGAGGAAUUACAUUCAGAUACAGCACUCCCUUGUGUCCGUGUCUGUUUGUCAUUUUGCCAACUCCUUGCCCACCUGAGUACUGUGACCCUGAGUUCUCCCGUGGGUUGAGGUACCAACUGAGUCCAGCCCACAGCACCACGCUGAAUGUGCCUGAUUUCAUCUAUGCCAGGCUUUCUCAGUAGUUUGGUGCAUACCAAUCAGUCUAGGCUAGGCUUGGUGGUUAACCAAGCUUCAGGAUCCCCUGCCUCCAUCUCCAAGGCACUUGAAUUACAAGCACAAACCCUUGUGUCCAGCAUUUUACACAGGGUCUGGGGGUUCAAACUCAGGUACUCAUAUUGCAUAACAAGAUGCAUGCCAUGUACUUCGCUGGAUGAGCCAUCUUCCCAUUUCCAUAACCAAAGCUUUCUAAUUAUACUUUCUAGGGAAAUAAAUGUAAUUCUAUUCCUGCUUCACAGCUGAGAUGCUUGAUAAGGGUAUUAUGCAAAUCCAGGUCUUCUUUUCUCACUCUGCCAUGGAGAAGACAGUUUCUUCUUCAUGAUAUGACGCAAUGGCAAAGGAAUUUGCAUUUAAGCAUGAUUUCAUAUGUUCACAAUCAUUCACUUUUUAUCUUUCCUUUUUUAUAGCUAAUGUAAAUUGUAUUCUUGAGUGGAAUCUUGGGGAUCCUUCACUUACUAAUGGAUAUUUAUUAAGCCCAUGUUUUCACAUAUUGUCACUUAAAAAAUUGUCAGCAUCUUAAAUUAGGGUAAGACUUUUAGCAUUUCUUAGCACUAUUGUAUGUUCUAUUGAGUUACUGAAUUUUAAAAUACUUAAGGGUAUUAAAAACUUAUAAGAAAAAAUUUAAUUAGAGAAAAAGGAUUUGUGAGUCACUCUUAAUCUUUCAGUAUCAUAAUUUGUUCAUGAUGGAAGCCCAAUAAUAGAUAGUUGCCUUUAAAGCUCUAAUUGCAUUUUUUAAAAUUAUAAGCUAGAGAGAAUAAAUUGGAUCUUGGAAAUGGGAAAAAGCUAAAGUGAUUAUCACUGUGAGUCAUGAGCAAUUGGAGGAAGAGAUCACAAUGAACAAAUUUCUAAACCAUUAUUAAAAACUGCUAUUAGAAUAAUUAAACAUGAAAUUGAAAUGAAAUGGAAAACAAAAACAAAAUAAAAACUGCACCUCCAAAGGAAAAUUAAAUGCCAGAUCACAUAGUCAAUGGGACAGGCUAUUAAACAAAGAAAGCAUUCACAGCUGUAAGCUAUUUCUCUACAGACAGGCAAUUGUGGUUGCUUGCAGUACAAAUUGUGUUGCAUAAUUAUUAGUGCGUGUUAUAUUCAUGAGUGGAAAGAAAAAAUAAUUCUUUUCAGAGUGAAGAUGCCUGAGGCUGCUCUCAUAUUCCCUGUGGAUGUAUCUUGCCAAUUAGAUGUCUAAAAUCCACCAAUAAUCUGACUUAUGUGUAGUUUAGAAGAGACACUAUCAGCUUGAGUUUAUGGGACCCUUACCAUGCAUAAAUGGAUUACCAAGACAAUCUUAAUACUGGCUUUGCUUUUCUUGAAUUAUUAAUACAUUUAGUAUUGUGUUGUGUUCAUAAUUAUGUAAGGUUCAAUUAGUAUUGUUUUAAUUGUCAUAAGCUACCUGGAGAGGGAUAGAGUUAGAAUAAAAUGAAACAAACAAUUUGGAGACAAAGUAAAGCCAAAUAAUACCAUGAUAAUAAACUACCGAUAUGUCAUGUUAAUUUAAAUAGAAAAGAGAGGCUAGAAAAGUGGAACUUGCCCUGUGUAAUACUAAGCAAACUUGCUAAAUUUCAAAGAGCCAGUUCAGUAGGAAUAGUCAAUAUCAGAUGCCAUACAUGCUGCAGACCAUAGAGUUCCAACAACAACAAAAAAAUAAUUGUAAUUUACUAAAUUCCUGAUUGGAAGACUUGUAUGUAAUUACAUUUAUUUGGUUAUAUAUAUAUAUAUAAUUAUAAUUAAUGUGUGUGUGUGUUUGUGAUAUGUAUACACAUAUAUAUAUAUGUUAUAAUAUAUGAGUUAAAUUUCAUUAUUCCAAGAGGAAUUUAAUCUCUAGAUCCAGAUAAUUCAACUAUAUUCAUAUGACAGAUUCCAUAGUGUUAGAUAGAGGGCCCAGUGUUGAAAAGCAUUUGUUGCUCUUCCAGAGGAUCCGAGUUCAGCUCUGAGAUUCACAUGGGGGCAGCUCACAAUAUUCUGUGACUCCACAUGCAGGGGUUGUGGCACUCUCUUCUGGCUUCCACAGGAACCUGCCUUCUCAUGACAAAUUCUCUCGUGGAUACAUACACACAUUUUCAAAAAUAAAAAUCCACUCAUGUUUAAACAAUCUGAUUCAAAACCCAAUUUAUAAUUUCUGUCAAAAGUAUGCCAAAAAUAAAGCACUUGUGGCUAUUUGGUUUACUCUUGCACAACUCUGGUAUUUAUAAAUUUCCUAUUUUAUUGUUGAAAACAUGUUUCCUGUAAUCCAUAACUAUUUGGUGGUACUUACAUCUAGACAAAAGUCAAAUUUGCUCUUUUUGUUUAAAUCUUCCCAUUCUUGUCAAACAUUUUUUGUUUUUGUUUUUUAUUUUAAUUUUACCACUCAAAAUUCUAAAUAACAUGAAUUUGUGAUUACUUGGACAUUUUUGUUUUAAAAUAUGUUGCUUAGAAAUAAUUAUACAGGGCCAGCAAGAUGGUUCAGUAGGUAAAGGCAUUUCCUAGCCAGUCUCACAACCUGAGUUCUGACUCCCAGAACUCACAAGUGGAAGGAGAAAACCAGCUUCUUGAAGGGAAAUUUUAGUAUUUGUACUUGGUGAACCUGCACCAGCAUUCACUCUUUCUGACAUAAUAACGAAUUGUGCAGGCUUGUGUGUGUGUGUGUGUGUGUGUGUGUGUGUGUGUGUGUGUGUAAAAUUGAGAAAUAUCCAGAAAAGGGAGAAUUUUGAUAUAACCUCUGAUAAUAAAUUGGAAUUAUUAAAAUCAGUAGUAUAUUAAGCUCCAAGGAGACAGAAAAACAACAACAACAACAACAAAACGACAAAAUGUAAUUGCGUUUAAAGAAUUUUUUAAGUACAAUUGUAAAUGGAGAUCAAAUUGUUAGUGAAAGACCCCACCAUCAGGCUUAGCAAGCUAGCUGCAGUAACGCCAUUUUGCAAGGCAUGAAAAAGUACCAGAGCUGAGUUCUCAAAAGUUACAAGAAAGUUCAGUUAAAGAUUAACAGUUAAAGAUUAAGGCUGAAUAAUACUGGGACAGGGGCCAAAUAUCGGUGGUCAAGCACCUGGGCCCCGGCUCAGGGCCAAGAACAGAUGGCUCUCAGACGUCAGUGUUAGCAGAACUAGCUUCACUGAUUUAGAAAAAUAGAGGUGCACAAUGCUCUGGCCACUCCUUGAACCUGUGUGUCUGCCAAUGUUCUGACCAGGUGUGUGCCCAUUGCUGCACCUUCAUUAGACUCUUUCCUUGUACCCCUCCCAUACCCAUUUCUUGAAAAUAGACAUUGUUUAGAUCUAAAAAGUUCCACCUCAGUUUCAGGUUCCCCAAAUGACCGGAAAAUACCCCAAACCUUAUUUGAACUAACCAACCAGCUCGCUUCUUGCUUCUGUACCCGCGCUUUUUUGCUCCCCAGCCCUAUAAAAAGGGUAAACACCCCACACUCGGCGCGCCAGUCCUCCGAUAGACUGAGUCGCCCGGGUACCCGUGUUCCCAAUAAAGCCUCUUGCUGUUUGCAUCCGAAACGUGGACUCGCUGAUCCUUGGGAGGGUCUCCUCAGAUUAAUUGACUACCCACCUCGGGAGUCUUUCAUUUGGAGGUUCCACCGAGAUUUGGAGACCCCUGCCCAGGGACCACCGACCCCCCGCCGGGAGCCCACUUACAGGCCCUCCAAGCAGUACAACGAGAGGUCUGGAAGCCACUAGCUGCUGCUUAUCAGGACCAGCAAGACCAGCCAGUGAUACCACACCCCUUCCGUGUCGGUGACACUGUGUGGGUACGCCGGCACCAGACUAAGAACUUAAAACCUCGCUGAAAAGGACCCUACACCGUCCUGCUGACCACCCCCACCGCUCUCAAAGUAGACGGCAUCGCUGCGUGGAUCCACGCCGCUCACGUAAAGGCGGCGACAACUCCUCCGGCCGGAACAGCAUCAGGACCGACAUGGAAGGUCCAGCGUUCUCAAAACCCCUUAAAGAUAAGAUUAACCCGUGGGGCCCCCUGAUAGUCCUGAGAAUCUUAGUAAGGGCAGGAGUAGCGGUACAGGACAAACAGCUAACGCUACCUCCCUCCUAGGGACCUAAUUUCCCUUAAGCGAGAAAACACCUCUCGGAAUCAGAGAUCCAGAAAAAGUAAAAUCACGUGAAUAAAAGAUUUUAUUCAGUUUCCAGAAAGAGGGGGGAAUGAAAGACCCCACCAUCAGGCUUAGCAAGCUAGCUGCAGUAACGCCAUUUUGCAAGGCAUGAAAAAGUACCAGAGCUGAGUUCUCAAAAGUUACAAGAAAGUUCAGUUAAAGAUUAACAGUUAAAGAUUAAGGCUGAAUAAUACUGGGACAGGGGCCAAAUAUCGGUGGUCAAGCACCUGGGCCCCGGCUCAGGGCCAAGAACAGAUGGCUCUCAGACGUCAGUGUUAGCAGAACUAGCUUCACUGAUUUAGAAAAAUAGAGGUGCACAAUGCUCUGGCCACUCCUUGAACCUGUGUGUCUGCCAAUGUUCUGACCAGGUGUGUGCCCAUUGCUGCACCUUCAUUAGACUCUUUCCUUGUACCCCUCCCAUACCCAUUUCUUGAAAAUAGACAUUGUUUAGAUCUAAAAAGUUCCACCUCAGUUUCAGGUUCCCCAAAUGACCGGAAAAUACCCCAAACCUUAUUUGAACUAACCAACCAGCUCGCUUCUUGCUUCUGUACCCGCGCUUUUUUGCUCCCCAGCCCUAUAAAAAGGGUAAACACCCCACACUCGGCGCGCCAGUCCUCCGAUAGACUGAGUCGCCCGGGUACCCGUGUUCCCAAUAAAGCCUCUUGCUGUUUGCAUCCGAAACGUGGACUCGCUGAUCCUUGGGAGGGUCUCCUCAGAUUAAUUGACUACCCACCUCGGGAGUCUUUCAUUAGAGUAUAUUAAACGUUACAAGAAUACAUUACAGGCACUCAGAAGAUUCAAAACCCGAUUUUCAGUUAUUGUUGGCAACUUUUUUUUUUUUUUGUGGCAACUUCUAAGCAAGAGCUGUAAAGUUUGUGCAGAACCACACAUUAGAUCAGAAUAUACCAAUACAAAACACUGAAGCAGUAAUAUUGGUAGUGCCAAAAUGAAACUCGAAUCUUUCUCAGUCUUUGUCUGUGUCUAGUCCUUUUUCUAGAUUUUUUUUUAAUCCUUUUCGUGACACCAAAAGGACUUCUGCUGGAAAUAGCCAAUUAAUAAUCAAGCCUCUUUUUUAAUGGAAACUAGAAUGUAAAUUGGCCAAAAUAGUUUUGUGCUUUUUCUUUAUUUGGUUUGCACCAUGUGAACGUUAUUACACUAAUUUUCAGUCGAAGUUUCCGUCUCAAUCAAAGUAGGAAAAGAAAAAGAAAAAAAAAAAAAAAGGUUUGGUCAAAGCAGGAAGACUGGAAUGUAACCACAUAAGCCAUGCUUCCUGGCUCCUGCUUUGCCCUUAAGCAAGAUGGCUGGUUGCAUUUGCACAUGCGUACAGCAGCCCGCCCAGGGGCUGUUCCGUCGCGUUUGCUUUCGUUAGGUGCGGGGAUUGCUCGGCUAUGGCAGAUGGGCGGAACAGGAAGUUUUCAUGUUUUGAUGCAGCGGCGGUUUCUUCCUGGAGUCUUCCUCCUCGCGGGCUGUCUCUGUGGCGUCUGGGCUCCGAGCUGUCAUGGGGGAGGCGGAGAAGUUCCACUACAUCUACAGCUGUGACCUGGACAUCAACGUGCAGCUGAAGAUAGGGAGCUUGGAAGGGAAGAGAGAACAAAAGAGCUAUAAAGCUGUCCUAGAAGAUCCCAUGUUAAAGUUUUCUGGGCUAUACCAAGAGACAUGCUCCGACCUCUAUGUGACUUGUCAAGUGUUUGCUGAAGGGAAGCCCCUGGCCUUACCAGUCAGAACAUCCUACAAGGCGUUUAGUACAAGAUGGAAUUGGAACGAGUGGCUGAAACUUCCGGUGAAGUACCCUGACCUGCCCAGGAAUGCCCAAGUGGCCUUGACUAUAUGGGAUGUGUAUGGACCGGGAAGCGCUGUGCCAGUGGGAGGAACAACCGUGUCGCUCUUUGGAAAAUAUGGCAUGUUUCGCCAAGGAAUGCAUGACUUGAAGGUCUGGCCUAACGUGGAGGCAGAUGGUUCUGAACCUACAAGAACUCCCGGCAGAACAAGCAGCACACUGUCAGAAGAUCAGAUGAGCCGCCUCGCCAAGCUCACCAAGGCUCAUCGGCAAGGACACAUGGUGAAAGUGGAUUGGCUGGACAGAUUAACAUUUAGAGAGAUAGAAAUGAUAAAUGAGAGUGAGAAACGAAGCUCUAAUUUCAUGUACUUGAUGGUUGAGUUUCGCUGUGUCAAGUGCGAUGACAAGGAGUAUGGCAUUGUUUACUAUGAAAAGGAUGGUGACGAAUCAUCUCCAAUUUUAACCAGUUUUGAGUUAGUGAAAGUUCCUGAUCCUCAAAUGUCUAUGGAGAAUUUAGUGGAGAGCAAACACCACAAGCUUGCUCGGAGCUUAAGAAGCGGGCCAUCUGACCACGAUCUCAAACCCAACGCUACCACAAGAGAUCAGCUAAAUAUUAUUGUGAGUUACCCACCAACCAAGCAACUCACAUAUGAAGAACAAGAUCUUGUUUGGAAAUUUAGAUAUUAUCUUACUAAUCAAGAAAAAGCUCUGACGAAGUUCUUGAAGUGUGUUAAUUGGGACCUGCCCCAGGAGGCCAAGCAGGCCCUGGAACUUCUGGGAAAGUGGAAGCCAAUGGAUGUAGAGGACUCCCUGGAGCUGCUCUCCUCUCAUUACACCAACCCCACCGUGAGGCGCUACGCUGUGGCCCGCCUGAGGCAGGCCGAUGAUGAGGAUUUGCUGAUGUACUUACUGCAGCUGGUCCAGGCUCUGAAAUAUGAAAACUUUGAUGACAUAAAGAAUGGUUUGGAACCUACCAAGAAAGAUAGUCAAACUUCAGCAUCAGAAAGUCUGUCAAAUUCUGGAGUCAGUUCUGGAGACAUAGAUAGCUCCCAAAUUAUAACCAACCCUCUUCCUCCCGUGGCCUCCCCUCCUCCUGCAUCUAAAGCAAAGGAAGUUUCCGAUGGGGAAAAUCUCGAGCAAGAUCUAUGUACGUUCUUGAUAUCAAGAGCCUGUAAGAACUCAACACUGGCUAAUUAUUUAUACUGGUAUGUGAUAGUGGAGUGUGAAGAUCAGGACACCCAGCAGCGGGACCCAAAGACUCACGAGAUGUACCUGAACGUGAUGAGGCGCUUCAGCCAAGCCUUGCUCAAGGGUGACAAGUCUGUGAGAGUCAUGCGCUCCCUGCUGGCGGCUCAGCAGACCUUUGUAGAUCGCCUGGUCCAUCUGAUGAAGGCGGUGCAGAGAGAAAGUGGGAACCGCAAGAAGAAGAAUGAGAGACUUCAGGCCUUGCUUGGAGAUAAUGAGAAAAUGAACUUAUCAGAUGUGGAACUGAUCCCAUUGCCGCUGGAGCCACAGGUGAAAAUAAGGGGCAUCAUCCCGGAAACAGCUACCCUGUUCAAGAGUGCUCUUAUGCCUGCCCAGCUGUUCUUCAAGACUGAAGAUGGAGGCAAAUACCCAGUUAUUUUCAAGCAUGGAGACGACUUGCGUCAAGAUCAGCUUAUUCUUCAGAUCAUCUCCCUCAUGGACAAGCUGUUACGGAAAGAAAACCUGGAUUUGAAAUUGACCCCAUACAAGGUGUUAGCCACUAGCACAAAACAUGGCUUCAUGCAGUUCAUCCAGUCGGUUCCUGUCGCAGAAGUUCUUGACACAGAGGGAAGCAUUCAGAACUUUUUCAGGAAAUAUGCCCCCAGUGAGACUGGACCCUAUGGCAUCAGUGCAGAGGUCAUGGACACUUACGUUAAAAGCUGUGCUGGAUACUGUGUGAUUACGUACAUUCUUGGAGUUGGAGACCGGCACCUGGAUAACCUUUUGUUAACAAAGACAGGCAAACUCUUCCAUAUAGAUUUCGGGUAUAUUUUGGGUCGAGAUCCGAAGCCCCUCCCUCCUCCGAUGAAGCUGAACAAGGAGAUGGUGGAAGGGAUGGGUGGCACCCAGAGUGAGCAGUACCAAGAGUUCCGAAAGCAGUGCUACACAGCCUUCCUCCACCUGCGAAGGUAUUCCAAUCUGAUCUUGAACUUGUUCUCCUUGAUGGUUGAUGCAAACAUUCCAGAUAUUGCUCUUGAACCAGAUAAAACUGUAAAAAAGGUUCAGGAUAAGUUCCGCCUGGACCUGUCAGAUGAGGAGGCUGUGCACUACAUGCAGAGUCUGAUCGACGAGAGCGUCCACGCACUGUUCGCCGCCGUGGUGGAGCAGAUCCAUAAGUUUGCCCAGUACUGGAGAAAAUGAAAGGGGAUUUGACCCAUCCUGAUGCCUGGCUCAAUAAGAAAACACAGGAGAAGCCACUGCUGUGUACUAAAGACAUCAAAGAAAGAACAAGGAAGAGAGGGUGUCCAGAAGUUACGUCGUGCCUGGGCUUUGUGUCCUUGCAUGCCACUGCUUAAAUCCAGCCCACAGGGUUUGUUUAAAGCUGCUGCAGACAGAGUAGUCGCUCAUCUCUAAUUCCAAAACUCUGGAGGCCGAAGUGUGAAGAGUGACACAUUUUUGAAGCCACCCUCAGCUACAUAAUGACUUCUGGGUCAGCCAAAAAUCACUGUAUAUAUUUGUGUUAUAGUGUAUAAAGAUGGAAAGAGGAUUAUGUAUAUGAAACAGUAAAGCAUUUUACCCUCUGAGUCUCA